CACUCCUUUUAGAGGAUCAGGACUGCUCAGCACAUCCAGGAGCAAGAGGGAUUUUGGAACAAAAAUAACAGAGAAGAGGCCACAGCCAAACAAGAAUUGAUAUGUUGCUUGGAAAAAUCAUCAAUGAACUUUUCAGUUCUCUGUGUUUAGAAGUGACUCUGUGUUUACAAAUGCGUCUUGAGUUGUUAUAGAAGAACUUAUAUGGCCAACUAUGUACCUGUUUCAUGAAAUGGAAAGCUGUGAAGUCUACCGGGGAAAUCAAUGGAGCUACCUGAACAUUUGGCUAAUUUUAUGCCUGUUCCCAAGAAUCUGUGUAUCAAAUCCUCCAAAACCUAACUUUUUACUGAUACUGGCUGAUGAUCUAGGUAUUGGAGAUGUGGGUUGCUAUGGCAAUGACACAAUAAGGACCCCUAACAUUGAUGGCCUGGCAAAGGAUGGAGUGAGACUUACUCAGCACAUUGCUGCAGCAGCUGUCUGUACUCCAAGCAGAGCUGCUUUCCUGACUGGCAGAUACCCCAUCAGAUCAGGCAUGGCAUCCAGCACUCAACGGCAGGUUCUCUUCUGGAAUGGUGGUUCAGGGGGGCUCCCACCAAAUGAAACUACUUUUGCCAGAAUACUCUGCCAGCAAGGUUAUUCUACAGCACUUGUAGGGAAGUGGCAUAUGGGUGUGAACUGCAAAACUCGCCAUGAUCACUGCCACCAUCCAUUAAAUCAUGGUUUUGAUUAUUUUUAUGGCAUGCCUUUUACCCUUGUGAAUGAGUGUCAAGGCACAGCUGACCCUGAAUUGGCCAAGUCUUUGCAAGAUACAUAUUGGUUUUACACUCAGAUGAUCAUCUUUGCAGUAUUUACUCUUGUGAUUGGAAAACUUGCCAAUUUAUUCCCAGUAAAAUGGAAAAUAAUCAUCUGUCUGGCCAUCUGUGGUCUCCUUCAUUUCAUCUCCUGGUUCUCCAGCUAUGGUUUCACCAAGUACUGGAACUGUAUCCUGAUGAGAAACCAUGAUAUCACUGAGCAACCAAUGGACCUACAAAAAACUACUUCUAAUAUGUUGAAGGAGGCAAUUACAUUCAUUGAAAGAAACAAGCAUAGACCGUUUCUUCUCUUUGUUUCCCUUUUACAUGUUCACACCCCUCUCAUCACCACAGAGAAGUUUCUGGGAAGAAGCAGGCAUGGCCUGUAUGGAGAUAAUGUAGAGGAGAUGGACUGGAUGGUGGGCAGGCUUCUGGAUGUUAUUGACAAAGAGGACUUGAAGAAUACCACAUUCAUUUAUUUUGCAUCUGAUCACGGAGGAUUCUUAGAGGCUCACAGGGGAAAUUCUCAGUUGGGUGGAUGGAAUGGAAUGUAUAAAGGUGGAAAAGGAAUGGGAGGAUGGGAAGGAGGAAUCCGUGUUCCAGGUAUAGUUAGAUGGCCAGGAGUGCUGCCUGCAGGGACAGUUAUUGAUGAACCUACAAGCCUUAUGGACAUUUAUCCUACAGUAGUUCAACUGGCUGGAGGGGCAGUGCCUCAGGACAGGGUCACGGACGGGCACACCUUGCUGCCCCUGCUGCAGGGGACAGAGCAGCACUCCAGGCACGAGUUCCUGUUCCACUACUGCGGGGUGUUUCUGCAUGCAGUGCGCUGGCACCAGAAGGACAGUGGCACCGUAUGGAAAGCUCAUUAUGCUACUCCAGUAUUUCAGCCAGAAGCCUCUGGGGCCUGUUUCAGAAGAGGAAUCUGUCCAUGUUUUGGGGAUGGUGUAACCCAUCACGACCCUCCACUGCUGUUCAAUCUCUCACAAGACCCGUCUGAGGCAAAUCCUCUCCCAGCUGACACUGAGCCCUUGUUUGACACUGUAAUGAGGAGAAUAAGAAGAGCUGUGGAAGAGCAUCGCAGGACUCUGACUCCAGUCCCUCAGCAGCUGUCUCCUUACAAUAAUAUAUGGAAGCCAUGGCUGCAGCCAUGCUGUGGGACAUUCCCAUUCUGUUGGUGUCAUGAAGAAAAUAACAAAGCAUAGUCUAAUACCAAAGUCAAAGUACAGUUAGCUUUAAAGAAAUUGAUAGUUUUUCACAUUCACAUAACCACAAUCAUAAACAGAUUAGAGAUUAAAGAUUAAAUUAUACCGGGAUAACUAAAAGGGACAUGAGUUAUUGUUUUUGUUCAACCUUUUCUCUGACCCACAGAAAUUAAAUAAGCCUGUGGUUUAAAAAAAAAAAAUAGGGCUCAUCUGUAUAAUCUAUCCCUCAAGUGAAUAAUUCAGGAUUAAGUACCAAAUAAAUGAAUCAAUUCAAGCAAAUGACGACUGAUAAAAAAGCGCAAAUUUUUAAUACCAGAUGUUUGUGUAGGAAAUAUGCUUGUUGAAAGAACAGGACUGAACCCAAGAGGCUAUCCCUAUUCAGGCCUUAUGUUUUUAAUGAAAAUUAACUUGUUGCACAAAAUUGAAAGGAUGAUGACAAUGAAAAAAAAAAAGAAAAAUAAAAUUGC